AUGCUCCCCCUACAUCUAAAAGACGACGGCGCGCCGACGACCCGGCAACAGGCCGUCACCGAGCCCUCGAGCUCCCGCGUCGUCGCCAAGCCGGUGCCCAAGGCCCAGCUCCAGGACCCUCGCGGCUACCAGCUCGGCCAGGUUGCGAGGCGCUACUCGCCCAAAGAAACCAUCAACGCAGACGGAAGCACAUCUCUCGUCUUCAAGAUGACGCCUUCGGAUCCGGACUUCCCCUUUGAGCUCGCCCAUUUGCAUUGCGAUCUGCUCGUGCCAAAGGCCUACCCCGCGAAACGGCCUGCUCUACGUGUCACCAACAAGGAUAUCCCCAGAGGCUUCAGCAUCAACGUCGAGAAGGGGUGGGACAAGCUCGCAGAGGAGAGGAAAGGUUCCACCCUGCUGUCUUUGAUCAACGCCCUGGAUAAGAAUCUGGAAAUUUUCUUGUCUGAGCAAAAAGUCGAGACUGUCAAACUUGUCCACUUCAAGGAUACGAGGCAUCUUCAGCAAGAGCCUUUGAAUUCAGAAAAGGCGCCAGCCGUGCAAAAGGUCAUGGUGCCACUAGUUUCUGCAUCCAAGCCUUCGUCACCAAGACCGUAUGUCCCAGAGAAGAAGCACUCUAGGGAGGAAAUUGCCGUCGCCAAGGAACGAAGAGCGCAGGAGGUGCGCCAGCUCGAGGCCCGCAUGGGGAGACUGCCGCUCUAUCGUCGGUCUGCAGACGGCGUUGUUUUUACUCUACCCCUGGAACCCAAAAAGAAGGCAGACCUGCCCGAGGGUCUACGCUCCGUCAACAACCUCCAUCUCAUUGUUCCUCUCCUCUAUCCGCUCCAAGACAUCCGAGUGCAGCUCAACGAGGCUGACGCGAAGGACGCCGAACCCGUUGAGGACUUGUUUGUACAGAGAGCAGCGGAUCAAAAGCAGAUGAACCUGAUGGGCCACGUCAACUACCUCGCACAAAACCUUCACCUUCUGGCCAAGAUGGCGCAGUUGAACGCGGCUAAAGCUGAGAUGCCUCAGCCGCAGGAGACUAAUGCCGAGCCGGCGGAGGGCCAAAGCUCUACUGGUGAACUUGACACAGAAAAGAGUCAUAUUCAGUAUAUCCCUAGACCUCCCGAGUGGACCAUCGGAAACGACAGUGGAAGCUCCGAGGAAGAAGGGACCAGCAGUUCUGAUGACGGUGGUGUGGAGCUAGAAACGGGUGAGGAGAAAACGUCAAUUCCCAUGUCGGACGCGCCCGAGCAUGGUACCAUGAUUUCUUUUCCAGCUAUCGAACUGCACGGCCUCGAGCUGCUGCAAGUUUCGCUGCUCAGCCUGACAAUCAAGUGCGACCGCUGUCGCACGCUCAAUGACUUGACUGGCAUCAAGCCGGGGCUUGAAAAGGCCGGCAGCUGCAAGAAGUGUGCCAGCGCAUUCUCGGCCAAGUACAACCCCCAGUACGUCCACGAGCACUCUUCCCGAGCCGGCUUCAUCGACCUCUCCGGCUGCAAGGUCGCCGACAUGCUGCCGAGCACCUUUGUGCCCACCUGCGCGCGCUGCUCCACGCCGAGCGGCGGGCUCGUCUCGGUGCGCGGCGAGACAACGACCAACGUGUGUCGCGAGUGCCACGCCAAGUUCACCUUCAAGAUUCCCGACGUCAAGUUCCUCUUCAUCACGCCCGGCACGCGCCCACCGCCGACGUCCGGGCCAAAGCGCAAGACGGAGAAGCUCGGCUUGCACGCCGGCGAGCCGCUGCCGGGCCGCGGCGCGUGCGUGCACUACCGCAAGUCGUACCGCUGGUUCCGCUUCUCGUGCUGCAACAAGGUCUUCGCGUGCGACCGCUGCCACGAGGAGGCCGAGGACCACCCCAACGAGUGGGCGAACCGCAUGAUUUGCGGGUGGUGCAGCCGCGAGCAAAACUACGCGGUCGACGAGUGCCGGUUCUGCGGGCGCGGGGUCAUUGGCAAGAAGGGCCGGGGAUUCUGGGAGGGCGGGAAGGGGACGAGGGACCAGCGGAUGAUGAGCAGGAAGGAUCCGCGCAAGUAUAAGCGGAUCGGCACGCAGCCUGGUGCCAAGAAGUCGUGA